AUGGUGCACUUGGCUGCCGUCAGCAAGGACGCCGAAGUCCCCGCUUCCCCUACUGUAACUACGCUGCCCCGCGUCGAGACGUUGGACCUGAACCCGCCAGGCGAAGAUGACUUCUCCUCGAGCGUCUAUGGGUCUCGCUACGCGGCGGAGGAGCUGCCCUCGCACGAGAUGCCUGAGAAGGAGAUGCCUCGUGAGAUUGCCUAUCGCAUGAUCAAGGAUGAUCUCAGCCUCGAUGGCAACCCAAUGCUCAACCUGGCAAGCUUCGUUACGACCUACAUGGAAGAGGAAGCCGAGAAGCUCAUGACGGAGGCGUUCAGCAAGAACUUCAUCGACUAUGAAGAGUACCCGCAGUCCGCAGAUAUCCAGAACCGCUGCGUUAACAUGAUUGCAAGACUAUUCAACGCCCCAACUGGCGACGACAGCAAGGAGCAUGCCAUGGGCACGUCGACCAUUGGCUCCUCGGAAGCCAUUAUGCUGGCAACUCUCGCGAUGAAGAAGCGCUGGCAGAACAAGCGCAAGGCGGAAGGCAAGGACUACUCGCGUCCCAACAUUGUCAUGAACAGUGCCGUCCAGGUUUGCUGGGAGAAGGCGGCCCGCUACUUUGACGUGGAGGAGAAGUAUGUCUACUGCACCGACGAGCGCUAUGUCAUCGACCCCGAGGAGGCUGUCUCCCUGGUGGACGAGAACACCAUCGGCAUCUGUGCCAUCCUGGGCACCACGUAUACUGGAGAAUAUGAAGAUGUCAAGGCCAUCAAUGAUCUGCUGAUCGAGAAGGGCCUCGACGUCCCGAUUCACGUCGAUGCCGCCAGCGGUGGCUUCGUUGCUCCUUUCGUCAACCCCAACCUUGAAUGGGACUUUAGACUGGAGAAGGUUGUUUCGAUCAACGUUUCCGGCCAUAAGUACGGACUGGUUUACCCUGGUGUUGGCUGGGUGAUCUGGCGUUCGCCCGAGUACCUCCCCCAGGAACUGGUUUUCAACAUCAACUAUCUCGGUGCCGAGCAGGCGAGUUUCACCCUCAACUUCUCCAAGGGUGCAUCUCAGGUCAUCGGCCAGUACUACCAGCUGAUCCGUCUGGGCAAGCGUGGCUACCGCUCCAUCAUGCUGAACCUGACCAGAAACGCGGAUUACCUGGCGGCUCAGCUCAAGGCCCUGGGCUUCAUCAUCAUGAGCAAAGGCCGUGGUCACGGCUUGCCGCUGGUCGCCUUCCGUCUGAAGCCUGACCCAGACCGUUUCUACGACGAAUUCGCGAUUGCUCACCAGCUUCGUGAACGGGGAUGGGUGGUUCCGGCCUACACGAUGGCUCCCCACAGUGAAAAGCUCAAGCUCAUGCGGGUUGUUGUCCGCGAAGACUUGAGCAAGCAUCGUGUUGACAGCCUGGUCAACGACAUCAAACUAGCUCUGCAGACGCUCGACGCCAUGGACAAGGCGAUGAUGGAACGAUACCAGGCGCACGUUCGUAACCACGUGGUCAAAUCGGGCAGAGGGAAACACAACCACCCGCACUACAAGAAGGACAAGCAUUCGCUGCAGGGACGACACGGCAAGACUCAUGCUGUUUGCUGA